AUGAAUCGGCGUAUCGUCGUAUUUUCUGGCGGAAGUGCCGCCAACAGUCUCGUGGAUGUGUUUGGGAAAGUCGCCGAAGAUAGGACUUGUUCUUUGAGUUAUAUUAUCCCUAUUAGUGAUAACGGAGGCUCUUCUUCUGAACUUAUUCGAGUCUUUGGUGGUCCUGGUAUUGGUGAUGUGAGAAGUAGAUUGGUCCGCCUCAUCCCAGAAGAUCCCAUCGGAGCCAACACCGAGAAAUCUGCUCUAAAAACCUUCUUCAACCAUCGUCUCGACCCUUCACCCCAAGAAGCCAAACAUGAAUGGCUAGCCAUAGUUGAAGGCCACUCUCCAUUAUGGAGUGAAAUAACCUCUGCCAAGCGCGAAUUGAUUCGGUCUUUCCUCAACACUAUCAACCUCGAGAUAGUCAAGCGAGCUCGUCCUACCUCUGUCUUUAAUUUUCAAUCAGCCUCUGUUGGCAAUUUGUUCUUGACAGGUGCUCGUAUCUUCACGGGAAGUUUUGAGGCGGCGAUUUACCUUUUGGGUAGCAUCACUGGUGUGAAAGAUAAUGUUGAGGUGAUUCCUGCUAUUAACAGUACAAUAAUCGUAGGACAAAACAACAUUUCCCAUCCCAUUGCUCCGACCUUCGUACCCACCCAACCCGUCAGCCCAGCCACAUGGAACAAGCGACAAUCCAUCGACCUCCUGGAACACGACAGAAUCGAAGACGCCAACCUUCCCGGCUCUCUUCCCACACUCCGUAAACAAAACAUAGAUUUCCAAAAAUCACACACCGAAGAACUUUCCUCGCCAAUUGAACGAAUCUGGUACAUCAAUCCAUAUGGCCAAGAAAUCCGACCCGCGCCUAAUACUAAAGUCUUAGAAGCCUUGAACGAUGCCAGUUGUGUUAUAUAUAGUAUCGGUUCACUCUACACAUCUAUUCUCCCCUGUCUCGUUCUGAGGGAUGUAGGCAACGCGAUUGCAGACCCAAGAAUCAAAUUCAAAGUUCUUAUCUUAAACGGAUGUUUAGAUCGUGAGACUCCAGGAUACACGGCACGAGAUUUCAUAGAAGCGAUUGUUCGCGGAUGUUGCGGAAAUGGAAAAGAAGACGAAAACGAACAUAAGAUACCAGAAGAAGAAUGGAAAAAAUAUAUCACGCACUUAGUAUAUCUAGAAGGACCAGGAACACCAGCAGUAGAUAAAACAGAGUUGAAGAAAUUAGGCAUUGAAGCGGUGAGGGUUUAUGGAAGAAGAGCUGAACCUGAAGGUGCGGGUACGGGUGUGGGUGUGGGUGUUAUUUUGAAGAAUCCAUUGAUUGAUGCCGUGAAGAGUGUAGAUGAUAUGGGUCAGGGAAAUAUGGCAAAUGGAAAUGCAAAUGGGAACGGAAGUGGUAAUGGAAAUGGGAAUGGGAAUGGAAAUGUAAGUCGCGAGGAUAUUGUAGGCGCGAUGGGUAAAGAUGAAAGUGCGGGUAUGAGAUAUGAUGGUGUUGGUUUGGAACAGGCUCUCAAUGCUAUUUUGGGAGGAAAGGCGGAUAAGGUGAGGAGGUAUACUUAUCUAGGUUGA